CUCCAAUCUCACACAAUCACAGACAAACAAAAAUUCUAUCUGCAGCUCAGUUUGUAUCAAUCAAAUGGCCACCUUCCUCAGUCGAGAGGUUUGCCCAACUAUAAAGAACAUACUAUUAUUGGAUUCUGAAGGAAAGAGAGUUGCAGUCAAGUACUAUUCGAAUGACUGGCCAACAAACAGUGCGAAGCUAGCUUUUGAGAAGUCAGUCUUUACUAAAACUCAAAAGACAAAUGCUCGAACUGAAGGUAUACAGAUGCUCGUCCCAUCGUUAUCUUGUCUUUCAAGUGUAAAAUAUCAUGACUUGAAUGUUCCGGAUUUGAUUAUAGUACCAGAUUGGAGCCGUGAUUUUCUCGUUCGUACUACCCAUGAUAGCCCCAUGAUAUUUACGAUUUGUGCAUGUCACUCUCUAAUGUUCAUGGCAUAUGUAAUUGUACGUGCCAAUUGGAAUGUAAAAUGUUUCUAUUAAUAAUGAUGAGUCUGAUAAGAAUAAUGCAUAUUUGGGGCGGUAAGUUUUGUGGACUUAUUGUAGGUAAGUCCAGAUCACCAUAAAGGACAAGUGUCCUUUUUAAUCUCCAUUGUAAUUGGAACUUACCACA